CUGGGCUGCAGAGUGAGCUAGAGAUCAGCCAGGCUGGGCUACAGAGUGAGUUCAAGAACUAACCUGGGCUGCAGAAUGCAUUCAAGAAGUAGCCUGGGCUACAGAGUUCAAGAACCAGCCAGAACUACACAGUGAAUUCAAGGCCGCAGCAUGGGGACCCCGAAGCCGCGGAUCGUGCCCUGGCUGGUGUCGAAACUGGACCUGGGGCAGCUGGAGGGCGUGGCCUGGCUGGACAGCAGCCGCACGCGGUUCCGGAUCCCGUGGAAGCAUGGUCUGCGGCAGGACGCGCAAAUGGCCGACUUCGGCAUCUUCCAGGCCUGGGCAGAAGCCAGUGGUGCCUACACCCCAGGGAGGGACAAGCCAGACAUGUCCACCUGGAAAAGGAAUUUCCGGUCGGCCCUGAACCGAAAGGAAGUGCUGCGAUUAGUUGAGGACCGGAGCAAGGACCCUUAUGACCCGCAUAAGGUGUAUGAGUUUGUGACUCCAGGAGCAGAGGACCUUGUGCAUCUGAACACCUCUCCUGACACCAAUGGUGGAAGCAGUGUGUCUGAUCCCCAGGAAGACCUCCUGGAGUUAUUGGGUGACAUGGAGUUGGCCCCUCUUCCAGAUGAGGGGCCUUCUAGCCUGGCUAUUGUUCCUGAGCACUGUCAGCUCUUGCUGAACCCCAACUUGGACAAACCCCCAAACCCAGCACCCCAGGAAAACCCAGUGAAGCACCUGCUGGUCGAGGAUGGGUGGGAGUUCGAGGUGACUGCCUUCUACCGAGGCCGCCAGGUCUUCCAGCAGGCACUCUUUUACCCAGGAGGCCUACGACUGGUGGGCUCCACAGCUGAGGACAGGACACUCCCCUGGCAGCCAGUAACCCUGCCAGACCCUGAGGCGUUUCUGACUGAUGGGCUCGUGAGGGAAUACGUGAGACAUGUGCUGAAGUGCCUGGGCAAGGGGCUGGCACUGUGGCGGGCGGGCCAGCACCUCUGGGCCCGGAGGCUAGGGCACUCCCAUUCCUUUUGGGCUGUGGGCGAGGAGCUGCUUCCAGACAUCGGAAAUGGGCCUGAUGGAGAGGUCCCCAAGGACAAAGAUGGAGUUGUAUUCGACCUGGGACCCUUUGUGCGAGAUCUCAUCGCUUUCGUGGAGGGAAGGAGACGUUCCCCACGCUAUACUCUGUGGUUCUGUGUGGGGGAGUCAUGGCCCCAGGACCAGCCAUGGGUAAAGAGGCUCGUGAUGGUCAAGGUGGUUCCUACAUGCCUUAAACAGCUGUUGGAGAUUGCCCGGGAAGGGGGUGCCUCCUCACUGGACAGCACCGUGAACCUGCGCAUCUCCAACAGCCAGCCCAUCUCCCUCACCUUUGACCAGUACAAGGCCUGCCUCCAGGACCUGGUGGUGGACAUGGACUUCCAAGCCUCAGGAGAGGCCUGAGCCCUGUCAGCUGUCAAUAAAGCAGUUCCCACCACAAUCAUGA